AGGAGGAUAGACUUACAAGUGUGGAUAUAUGAUUUUCCUGUUUUAUUUGUUUAUAAAUGCGACCAUUAAAAGGAUUGACACUCAAGAACAAAGUGAUGUUUCGGAUACUUGCUCUACUGUGCCUGGCACGAUUAUAUUUGGCAAUUACGGUCAUUAUAGACGGGGUAAAUUUGAACUGUUCCACAAACUGUGCUUGUUGUAACAGAGAAGAUACUCGAUGUAAUACACAUAGUUCAUAUGGAAGUUAUUAUUGUCAUGGUGGCUGCGUUGAAACAAUAUGGGGCAAUAAAUGUCGCAAUCGAUGUAGAGGAAACUGUUUAAAAUGUGAACAUCACGAAGGCAUCCAAUGCUUAAAAUGCAAGGACACAUUUUAUGACUUGAAUAGUAACUGCAACAAGAGUUGUUCAAUUGGAUGUGCUGAUGAAACAUGUACUGAUGAUGGUACAUGCAAAACAUGCAAAACAGAAUUUGAAGGAGAUAAGUGUGACACUUGUAUACAAGGGAGAUACGGCGAAGAUUGCUCUAUGAACUGCCAUCAUCAAAACUGCCGUUGUACAUACUUGACUGGAUGUGAUUCAUGUAAAACUAACUUUACUGGUUCCAUUUGCAUGGAAUGUAAAGAUAGUAAUUACGGGGCAGACUGCAAUAUGACGUGUCCUAGCGGAUGUAGCGGUCGUAAAUGUACGGGGAAUGGAAUAUGUUAUCAAUGCGUUUUUGGAUACUAUGGAGAAGACUGCAACACGCGAUGUUCUAGUGGAUGCAGCGGCGGAAGUUGUAUGAGAAAUGGAACAUGUAUUCAAUGCAAACAUGGUUAUUAUGGGGAACAAUGCAAAAUCACUUGUUCUACGGGUUGUAGGGAUGGAGAAUGUUAUAGAAAUGGGACAUGCACAUGUAAGGAUAAUUUUACGGGUACAUUUUGUAACGAAUGUGUUGUAGGAAAAUAUGGGGACAAUUGUCAACAUGAAUGUGGUGAAGGUUGUUCACCAUCAUACUGUAGCAAAGAAGACGGAUACUGCAGUUGUAGUGAGAACUUUGCAGGAACGAAAUGCAAUUUAUGCAAAAACGGACUGUUUGGCUUGUCAUGUGACUUGCAUUGUUCAGAUAAGUGUGUCGAACGUACAUGUUCAAGAAUCGAUGGCGCAUGCACACACGGUUGUGAUUAUGGAUACUCUGAUACUAAUUGCACAACGAAAUGUGAUUCGGACUGUGGGUCAUGUCAACAGAAUGAUAAAUCAUAUUGUACGUCAUGUUUGCAUGGAUACUCUGGCUCAACAUGCACGUGUCCACCUAAUUGCGACUGUAAGGGAGGGGAUAAGUGUAUCGAUUGCUUAGAUCAGUGGAUGAAUCCUGGAUAUGAGUGUAAAUGUCAAAAGACAUAUUGUACUAGUAAUACCUGCACCACAUGCCUGAAUAGUACUUUCUUUCUUACAAACAGAGAUAAUUCGUGCUGUGAGUGUCCUCAAAAUUGUCAAGGCGGUUCCUGCACAACUGGACCCCAAUGUACAAGGGGAUGUGUGAAUGGAUUCUAUGGCAUGGAUUGUUCUCAGAAAUGUGACGGUGAUGGGUGUUUAAAAUGUAGCCAAGUUGAUGGAAAGUGUUCCAUGUGUAAGACAGGAUUGUACCCGAAUGAACAUGGAAAUUGCACUUCUUGCAAUAGUAAAUGUAAUAAUGGGAAGUGUAACUCUGAAACAGGCAAAUGUAUACAUGGCUGUGCGGAAAACUUUUGGGGAGACAAGUGUGACAUACCUUGUAAUCCUAACUGUGGAACAUGUCAGCAAGAUUCAGGAAUCUGUGAUUCAUGUACAAAUACAACAUUUCAUGGACUUUAUUGCAACGCAUCAUGCAGUUCCUUAUGCUACGAAAACAAGUGUUAUCAAAGUAACGGUCAUUGUUCGAAUGGAUGCAAUAGAGAUUUCUUCGGCAAUCUAUGUCAAACCAAAUGCCCUGCAAAUUGUAAGCAAAGUGAAACAGACACGAGAUGUAAUGCUGAUGGUAUCUGCAAAUUUAAUUGCGUCGAUGGCUAUGUAGGUGUCAAUUGCUCGGAAGCGUUAAAAGCCGGACCGCUAGUAGCAGCUAUUGCUGGAGGAGUAAGUAGUGGCGUUGUAGUCAUCAUUGGCGUCGCUGUUGCAUUUUUCUUCUUUCGACGAAGCACAAUCAAGCGAAAUGGCAAUAACAAACUUCAGGCUAACAUUACUGAGGAGGAAAACAAAGAAAGUACCCAUUUUAACGAAGGAAGUGUCAAAAAAGAAAUAACAAAACAAUAUUCAACCGGUUCCCGGCCAUCAGCAAACAAGCCUCCUUCAAUAAAGCAACACACGUAUACACAUGUUGUGACCGCAUCUGAAAUUGAGAUUGACUUGAACAUAGAUGAUGCUAACAAUGGAUCAGUUGCCAAUUCUUCUAAAGAUGAUCAGACGUAUUAUAACGAACUUGGAUCUUCAACUAACAAAUCUAAAAUACCCAUUGGUCAACUCGUCAAAUAUGUGGAUGGAAAAUCGCAUGAGGCGUUUAGUGUGGAAUUUGAGAAGUUUCCCAUUGGUAUUGUGAAGCCAUAUGUUGAAUCGCAGAAGAAGGAAAAUAUUAGUAAGAAUCGGUACAAGGGGAUUUAUCCAUACGAUGACUCGAGGGUGAAGGUUAGAGGCAGUGGUGGUUCAGACUACAUAAACGCAAGCUUUGUUGAUGGGUAUAAAAAGCCAAAGCAGUAUAUUGCCACAUUAGGUCCAACGUCCCAGCAAUUAGGAAACUUUAGUUUAUUUUGGAAAAUGAUUUGGCAACAAAGGGUUGAAAAAAUUGUCAUGCUUACCAAUCUCAUUGAACAGGGGUCUCCUAAAUGCGAGCAAUAUUGGCCAAAUCCUGGGACAACUAAGAAGUAUGGUGAUAUAAAGGUGGAGAGCUGUUCGGAGGAUGAAUAUGCCGAGUUUACACGAAGAGCUUUCACAGUCACCAUGGGAUCGAAGGAAAGGACGUUGCAUCAUCUGCAUUUCACGUGUUGGCCAGACAAGGCGAUACCCGACGAUGUUACCGCGAUGAUAGAGUUCAGACAGCGUGUUCUGAGCACGCCAAGUACAUUGAAUGGACCAACGGUUGUGCAUUGCAGCGCUGGUGUCGGAAGAACAGGCACCUACAUUGCUCUGGACAUACUGACGAAUGAAGGCGAAACCGAGAAAGCCAUUGACAUCCCCGGGUGCGUCCACAAAAUGCGUCAGAAUAGGCCGAAUAUGGUUCAGACACGGGGGCAGUAUCAGUUUCUGCACACCGCCGUGGUCUAUUCACUAACUUUCCACUGCAAACAAGUCAAGGGAGAGAACUUCAACGAGUACAUAAACAAACACACAACACGAGUUCUUGAUAAACAGUUUGAGCUCCUACAACAUACAGUGGAGACGCGAUCGAAAAAUGAAACAGAAGCAGUUGAACGAAAUAAACAGCACCUGAGUAAGAACAGAGCAAACGCCGAUAUCCCGGGUAAUAAAAACAGACCAAGACUUUACUUGAAUCUAAAACCAGGAUCGUCAGACUACAUCAAUGCUGUGUAUAUUCACAGUUUCAGAAUGAAGAAACGCUACCUAGUAGCACAAACUCCACUUCCAGAGACGGUUAGCGACUUUUUGACACUAGCUGUCCAAGAGAGGUGUUCGUGUAUCGUCAGCUUCGAAGUUGACAUGGACAAACAAAGGAAUAUUGGGAUAUACUAUCCUGCGGCCAACCAAGAAGUCUUGGAAAAGGGAACAUUCCAAAUCAGCUGCUCAAGAGAGGAAAAUAAAACAUUCUACGCAGAACGAACAUUGACAAUUCAGCAAAAAGGGACGAGCACUGAUCGAAUCAUUCCACAUCUUCAAUUUACUGACUGGGAUGAAACGGAGAACAUACCACGGUCAACUAAAAACUUCAUGUCAUUUCUGAACGUGAUAGAUAAUGUCAUGAAGCAGCAGGAAGACGGACCGAUAUUGGUCCAUUGUUUUGACGGUGCGGGCAAGAGCGGUCUGUUCUGUGUGGUAUCGUUGCUUCUCCACAAAAUGGCCGUGGAACAUGAAGUCAGUGUACUUAACACUGUAAGGAAGGUCAAAACAACGCGGAGGCUAGCAAUUCCCAAUCAGGAACAAUUUGUGUUCUGCCAUGGAUGCGUGUCGGAGUAUCUUCGUUCGUUCGACGUCUACGCCAACUUUAGCGAUGACACGGGACAACUUUAAAGUGCUGUCCUGUCGGCUGUCGAUUGUUAAACUGGAGCUAUUUGAGGAAAUAGACAAUGCAAAUAGUAUAAUGUAUGUGUGUUUGGUGCAGUGCAUUGUGCAUACACUUCUACAAUAUUAUGCAAUUACAUGUAUUUGAAAGCUGACAGAUGUAAGCUAAACUGUAUUUUAUCCAUUAUUGUAUAUAUAUUAAUGACAUUGAAGUUAUGAACAAAACAUGUCCCGUAAUCCAUUUUAUAAGUGUAUUGCUUAAAAAGGUAAACAAGCACUAACUUCCGCUUUAGCGUCUUUUAUAAUAAACAUCAAAUGUAUUAAAUGUGAUGAAAUGGUUAUUCAUUUACGGUUCACGUAGGAUAAAUGCUAUUGCUAGUUUCUAUUUAACCAAUUCAUACUAGUAUUUAUUGUUGUAUUAUUUCAUGAAUUGUUAAACUGCAAGUUAUCCUAAAAUGUUGCACGAUGUCAUCAUAAGCAAAUAGAAACUCAAAAUCCAGAACUCAAUUAAAGCACAAAUAUGUUAAUAUUUUAAACGUAAGUUAUUCAUAUUUUCAUUGAUAACACACUCACCCUUAAGUGCUAUACAUCAUAACACUAAAAAAAGCAAAGUUAAGUGUUUGUUAACUUCAAGCUCGAUUAUUUAUCAGACGGGUUGAUGAUUUUUUGCAAUAACUUAGUUUCUGAGUUCAUCAAACAAGGAAACCUACAAGAACUACAGUGGCUAAAUAAAAACAGACGUUACCAUGGCUAAUGUUCAAUAUGAAAUAUUCAAGCUAAAAAUAAUAUGUCAUUAUUGAAAUACAUCCAUGAAACAAAUUGUUGACACCAAUUUUGUCAGCAGAAUUCAUGUUGUCACUUUUAUAGCUUUAUGAUCUAUGAAUUCAUCCUCCUUUGUAAAACAUUUUAAUUAAGGUUUUGCAUUAAAUUAUAGGGACUACCACAGUUUCAUUUUUUAUAUUUCUUAAUGGGUUUUUUAUGCGUGCAGAUUGCUCCUAAUAACAAUGUUCUAUAUGACAAUCAAGACUGGUAUGUAGUGGUAUUAUUUUGUAUUGUUUUUAAUGUGUUUUUACCAAUUUUGUUGACAGGAACAAGUACAUGUAUGCAUUAUAUAUAUUUGUUGUAUCAGUUUCAUACUUUUUGACAAGCAUGUUCAUAGCUUUGGUACUUGAUAUCAUCCUUUAAAACUGUUAAGGGUUUUUUGGGCUAAUCAUUUUAGUAUAACGACUUUCACACCGAUCUGCAAUACCAAACGCUUGAGUAAAUUUGUGUUCCUUUUUUCAAAUGUAUUUUCCUUACUGAAUGUUAUUGUUAUUUGGACAUGAUAGGGCGUUUACAGUAACUGGGAGAGACAUUUGUAAAACUUAUAAAAAGAAACAUUCUGUACUAUGAUACAUAAUUUAAUUUGUAUCAUUUGGUCAUUCCAAAAAAGCCCAGUUUACUGAAAAACAUCCAUAAACACAUUAUAAUUUAAGCAAUUACUGUUUUACAUAAUAUAUGUGUGAACAGUUUGUGAGAUUAUCUUUGUGCGAUUUCAACAUCAUUAUCAGUAUUAAACUGGUCAGAAUUUCCAUAAAUUUGGAAGCAAAUAGUGACGUAUAUUUUGACCAUUACAAAAUACAGCUGUCUUUCACUUUUUGGUUGUUUUUCAUUGCACUGGAAGAAUUUUGCUGCUGGUAUUAUUUGUAGUGCGUAUCAAUAUUUAUGUAAAAAGCUUUAUUAGUAGCAAAAAGUUUAAACAUAAAUCUGGUAAAAUGGCACUGGGUAAACGCCAAAGCUUAUACCAAAUCACGAUCGAAUCGAGGUAUAACCCAAUAAUGCAUGUAGUUAUGAAAUAGUCAUAAAAGAUGUUUAGUAAUUCGGCUUUUGGUUCACUGUUUUCGAAAAGGGCAUUAAUGUUAAUACAAUGUUGAAGAUCCAUCAUUCAAGUCUGGAAAAAUCUAUAGGAGACUAUGUUGACAAUACUCAUGUUUUGAAUACAGUGUGAACAUAAUUAUGCCUAUGAUGUCCGUUAACCAUGAUUUGUUAAGGUACUUAUUUACAAAUUAAUUGUAAAAAAUGUCUUUUUUCUUUAAUGUAUAGCCAUUACAUUGCAGUACAACUUCUUCUUUACUGUUCUUCUCUUAUUUAUAGUUUGUCCACGUUUUAUAUUUUCAGACAAUGUAUGAAUAUUUUAAUCAUUAUUAAUCAGAGCAGUUAUAUUUGUGUAUAUUAACAAUAAUAUGAGUUAUUGUUCCUGUGUGUGUACUUUUUGAUUAACAUAGGUUAUAGGUAGCUUAGUUUUUAAUAUUCCUUUACACGAAUAAAACUUUUAA